CACCUGAGAGUAAAUGCGCUCCUGAUGACGGUGUGUAUGUCAGAGGAGCUCAGUGAAUGAAGGUAAACAUCUUCAUGUGUGUGUAAAUCUAUUCCACCUUCUUGUUGGGUCACGAUGGCUUCUGUUGUGUUUCAUGUCGACGGAGAGCCAGUGAGUCUCUGUGAAACUCAGUACAGAAACACAUGCUUCAGAUCGAGUGUGUGAGUGUGUGUGUCCCCUGCGGUGCGUGUGAAAUUCAUGAGAAAUUGACACAUACUGGGGGACUUCCUUGACUGUUGUUUUGUGCUGUGUUUGCUGGCAGCGGCGUCCAUGAUGAUGAUGAUAAAGCUGAAGAUCUACGCUUGUGUGAGUGAUUUAGUGUUGUGCUGCUCAGCGUGAUGUUGUGUAAUCAGAUCUGAUCCGCUGGAGCCCAUCACGUCCAGCUCUGUCUCUCACAGCAGAAGAAGACGUUCAGUCGAGUGUUCAAGCUGCUCAUUUACACACAACCAUCGACUCCAUCAAGAGUCCCAGUCUGUUUCUCACUCAAAACGUUAUAGGAGUUCAUGGUGUUUUUGGAGAUUGGAUGGAAUCUCUCAGUAAUGGAGAAGUCCAGAUGAUUUCUUCUUCUCUCUGCUGUUGUGUGUGUGUGUCUGGUUGUGAUCCUGACACACACUGCUACAGACGUCGCUCCAUUAGUUCUGUUGUUUUUACUGUGCGUCACUGGCGUUACGGCUGCUGUCUGAGGAAUGAGGGCCGGUUAUUUCGGAGGGAUUUUUCCAGAGGCCAAAACCAGCUCUCCUUGAGGUUCAGAGGAACGCCAGGAAUCCUGCUCUCCUCCAGAGCCGCCAGCACUUAAACACACAGAGUCCUCGGGAGACAACCUAACGCUGCUUUAUAUAAACCUCCUCCUGAUGAUCCGCCGGUGGAGACUGAUGACAUCAUGAGGCCUCAGCGGGUUCGACUGCAGUAUGAAGCUGCUUCACUGAAUCCGACCGCAAUCGUGGGGUGUAAAGUGUGUCGAGUUCCCGAAGGCUCCACUGAACGUUACACGAGGUGGAUCAACUCUCUGAGUCCAGAGCAGCUCCUCACACAGGUGUACACGUCUCACGGGCCGACGGUCAUCAUGCCCACCUGGUUCUGUUCCCGUGACUGGUUUGAGGAAGUGGGUCUGUUUGACGAGGGAGGGAAGGGCGUUCCUGAGGACCUGCUCUUCUUCUACCAGAGUCUGCGUCGAGGAGGUCAUGUGAUGCGCGUGGACGAGUGUCUGCUGGUGUAUCGCUAUCAUGAACACGCAGCCACUCACUCAGUGCUGGAAGAGACCAUCUGGAAUCUCCGUGUCCACUUCCUGCAGGAGCGAGUGCUCAGCCAAUGGGAAUCCUUCACCGUGUGGAAUGCUGGGAAACAGGGACGCAGACUCUACCGCAGCUUGAGUCCCACCAAUCAGAAGAAGGUGAAGGCGUUCUGUGACGUAGACGAGAACAAAAUUCAGAAGGGCUUCUACACGUACGAGGAGUCGAAGGAACGACCCAAACCCAGGAUUCCUGUGCUGCACUUCACAAACGCCUCGCCGCCGUUCAUCGUGUGUGUGAAGCUGGACAUGACCGAGGGAGUUCUGGAGCAGAACCUGCGCUCGCUGCAGCUGAAGGAGGGACUUCACUAUUAUCACUUCAGCUGAAGACUGAAGCCUGUGUCACUGUAGUUCUCCUUCGUUCCUGAGUGACGCUCAGAACAAACCCUUGUCUCACAGACACAUCCAUCACACUGACCAGAGUGUGCUGCUGGCUGCUCUCAUUCAGGUCCUCUUGCAGUCAGAGAGCGCUGGAUCCCUGUUUAAGACAUUAUUGAAGAGAAAUUGAGCGGCAGAUUCUUCAGUUUACCCCAAACACACACCAUAACCUGUUCAUGAUCCAUAACCCGGCUGAGCCAGUAUUUCUCAUUAGAUGAGGUUUUCAUCUAAUAUAGGCAUUUUAUUUAUAUUUUAUUUCAGGAUUUUAAAUUGUUUUAAUUAACACUGUUUUAGUAUUAUAUUUUGUUUCAAAUGCUUCUGAAAUGUAUUGUGGGAUUUU